UAAAACCGCGUGCUGGCCGCGUACCAAUUCUUCCGUAUUGACGGCUACGAGCAGGUGCGCCUAAACGUCUGCCCGUACGCCCACGCCCGCGAACGAAAAAAACAAUUCGAAUUACGAGAGAAAAAAAAGAAAAACCGAUGACUCAAAACAAUUGCUGGCAAUAAUCGGGUAAAGUUAAAGAAUCUCUUAACGGCUAAAUCUGAACGUAUCGAUGGGGUGGGAGAAACGACUCGCCUUUCUUCAACUUUUAAGACCGACCAGAGUUGAAGAUUGUUAGUGAAGGAAAAUUGAAAGCUCUAGUGAGGUGCGAACAAGUUGGCGUCGUCCGUUAACAAUCAAAACAAAUUAAAGUGCACGUUAAUGGAUUCAAUUGUGCGAUUCCGUUUCGAAAGUUUCUCGCGCGAGCAGUGCGUUUUCGUUAUUAUGUGACCAGAAGCAACGUGGUGCCUUUUAAAUGACUGCCAGGAAUAUGGAAUUUUUUUAAAGUUCACUCUUUACGUCUCGAUAAUAACAUGGAAUCUAUGGUCAAUAAUAAUUUGAUCUCGAAUUUACCUGAGGAACGCGGCUGGGAAUACAAGCAGGUGACGGUUACAAGAGUGCAGGGAUACGGUUUCGGUAUAGCCGUUUCGGGAGGACGGGACAAUCCGCAUUUUGCCUCUGGUGAUCCCAGCAUAGCCGUAAGUGACGUUCUCGCAUCCGGACCUGCCGAAAGACUGCUUCACGUUAACGACCGAAUUAUAACCGUAAAUGGGAUCUCUCUGCAAAAUGUGGAUUACGCAACAGCGGUUCAGGUACUGCGAGACUCCGGGGAUACGGUGGUGCUGUUGAUCAAGAGACGGGUGACGAACCAUCAGCACAGCCACAGCCUAGGCUCGGGGCCUCCACUGGCGGCGCUAGGAAUUAACCCGCUCCCUGCGAAGGUUACCCUAACGAAAAAUUCCAAAAAAGAAGAUUUCGGAGUGGUGAUCGGAUGUAAAUUAUUUAUAAAGGAGCUCUCGACGAAAGCGCGGGAGCAGCUGUUAAGCACAAACCAAAGUUUAAACGAAGGCGAUUUUAUAACGAAACUGAACAACACCAACUGCAAUGAUUUGAUGUCGUUAAAAGAGGCGAAGAAGAUCAUCGAUAGCUCAAAGGAUAAACUGCACAUUACGGUUGCUCGAGAUUUUAAUCAGACCUCCACGAUCUCGCAUCAAACUCAAAGUUCUGUGAGCACAACUGGUGCUGUUAACAAUUUUUACAAAGAUGACUUCCUGACCUCACCGCAAAGCUACUCCAAUCAAAAUUUGUAUGUCCAACCGCCGACCAGGAAUCCGAACGUAAACGCGAACGGCGGAUUUGACGACAAACUCGAACAAAACGGCGGGCCCAGUUCGUUGGACGACAAAAGCAACCUGGCGCCGCGCGGCCGACUGCGACAGCCCCUUUCGGAGGCAAACAUUAAUCAAUUGAACAGGAACAGUCUCGAAGGAUAUGGGAGGGCGAAAAAUCGGGAAGAACCGCCGCGGCCGCCCCCGCCUAGACCCGAAGAUUAUUACAGUAGUCGAAGGCAGUUGUACGAUGACGAUCCGAUUAUUCACAAAACGAAGCAACCGGUACCUGAUGCCAGGUACAUAACAUUCCAUAAGGAGGGAUCGGUUGGAAUUCGUUUGACUGGUGGAAAUUUCGUCGGGAUAUUCGUGACGGCGGUGCAACCGGGUAGUCCGGCAUCAUUGCAAGGUUUACAACCGGGGGAUAAAAUUUUAAAGGUUAACGACAUGGACAUGACGGGUGUGACACGAGAGGAGGCCGUCCUGUUCCUGUUGAGCCUUCAGGAUCGCAUCGAGUUGAUCGUUCAGUUCUGCAAGGAGGAGUACGACGGCAUCGUCGCCUCGCAGAAGGGCGACAGUUUUUAUAUUAAGACGCAUUUUCACUACGAAAAUUCGGUUAAGGGCGAAAUGAGCUUUAAGAGUGGUGACAUCUUUCACGUCAUUGAUACCUUGUAUAAUGGAGUAGUGGGCUGUUGGCAGGUGUAUCGAAUCGGACGAAAUAAUCAACAAGGGCAGAAGGGCAUUAUACCUAACAAGUCUCGGGCCGAAGAACUGGCAACGGCGCAGUUUAACGCUACCAAAAAGGAAAUGUCGGCCAAUGAAUCGAGAGGAAGCUUUUUCAGGCGACGGCGGAACUCUAAUAGACGGUCAAAAAGUUUGGGGAAGGAGCAUUGGGACGAUAUUUUAUUCUCCGACACCGUAUCAAAAUUCCCCGCCUACGAGCGGGUCGUACUAAAACACCCGGGUUUCACGCGACCCGUCAUUCUCUUCGGACCAAUCGCGGACGUGGCCAGGGAUAAGCUUCUGAAAGAUUUUCCCGACAAGUUCAUUUCGCCGCAGCUCGAUAGCAAUUUGGACGAUUCAAAACCGCAAAAGAUGUCCUCCAACAUUAUUCGACUGUCCGCAAUUCGCGAGGUGAUCUCUACUGGAAAACACGCGCUUCUCGACAUCACGCCGAAUACCGUCGAGCGGUUGAACUACGCCCAGCUGUAUCCGGUCGUCGUGUUCUUCAAGGCGGAAAGUAAGAUAAUCAUAAAACAAAUGCGGCAAGGUUUACCAAAGUCGGCGCACAAAAGUUCCAAGAAGCUUUUGGAGCAGUGCCAAAAGCUGGAUAAGGUGUGGAAUCACAUAUUCUGCUCGACGAUAACCCUAAACGAUAACACUGACAAUUGGUACAGAAAAGUACGCGAGAUAAUCGACAAGCAACAAAGCGGUGCGGUUUGGAUGAGCGAAACUAAGCUGGGCAUUGACUUAUUUACAGAUUUCUAUUUUCCCAUCGCUUACCUCUCGACGCGAAGUAGCAAUUCCCUACCCAGUCGUCAACGUUCCAAACCCAAAAAGCACUCCAAACGCGCCCCCCUCUCAAUGUACAGCAACCCCCAAUACCUACCCGUUUCCAAACCUCUGUAUCACGUGCCUAGCGAAUGCAGCGUAUGCAAUCAUCAUUACGCGAACGAAUAUUAUCCUGAAGAAUCAUUAUCCGAUGACUUCCUAUUCCCAAUGUCAUCGCUGCGUUUAUCGUACGCGAGCUCGCCGGAAAGCGAUCUUGAGCACAGCCCGGGCCCGCCCGUAUCGACGGGACUGUCCGGCGGCGGUAACGGCAAUGCGGGAAGACUCACAAAGGCCAGUUCGGAUCCGAGCGUUGUUAUGCCGGACAGUAGCACAACCGAUGUCUUACCACCGUAUCAACCCACUUACGAUACACGAUACGGAUUCGGAAAUCAAAGCAAUUCGGAAUCGCAGCUUCCCCCCAGUACCCCGCCCAAUCCGACGAAUCAAGGCCCGAACCUAACUCCCGAGGUGCCAGGAAAUUUGGACCCUCAAAAUCCCUACAAGCAGAGUGGUUUAUAUUCCCACUCCAAUGAUUACUCGAAGGAACCGCGGAAUGACUACAUCAAAGAAGGCCAUAAGAGACAAAGUAGUACUUUACAUGGGAUGUUCAAUCAUUCGAAGGGGAAUAGCUUAAACGAACAGAACCCACGCAGUCCGAAAGAUGAACGUAUGUACGCCACCGCGCCGGAUCUGCCGCCGCGGGUCGACCGAGCGGUAAAACCAAUUGGACUUUUGGUUACACCGACAAAGACUAAUGGCCGAUCCGCCCACGAACGCUUGUUUGGGACGAAGCCUCUCCAACAAAGCGAUAGUAACGAGCAAAAUAAUAACGCGGAAAGCUUUAAUAAUAAAUUAGGCUCGUUGGAAAGGAGCGUGAAUUCGAAAUCGGAUUCGCUGUCAAGUUACGACUCCUAUAAACAGCAACUUCCAGGUAAUUCGGGAAUAGGCCCGAACGCGCAUGAUGACUUAAAAACAACUUUAUCUAAAAUCGACUCAGAUAACCCGACAACACCAUCAAAGUACCCUGCAAGAUGGGAUCAAAAUAAUCACAGACACGAUCGGCUGGGCUCCAAGUUAGAUCUGAAGUACGCUAUGGGGGUCAACAAUGUUAACGAUCACCCUGACCAAAGUCCGCGUAAUUCGCACGAGGUCGAUAAAGAGUCCUCACCUCUCGAUCACCUCAACCCGCGCAUGCUUUCGGAACGAGAUCGACAAGAAAUGUAUAGAUCGCCAGCAAAACAGAAUAGCUUCACCAAGACCUACGUUGAAACUAAGACUGAUUAUGGAAAGUAUAGCCGCAACAACAAUUCGCAAGACUACACGCGCACCUCCCAUCAAGACUUGACGCAAGCUCAACUAACAGUCCACAACGUGCCUCCCCAUCAUCACAAUCAGGUGAAAAACAACUACCACCACUCCAACGGGUUCGAGCACCAAAAUGGCCCCCCAAACGCGUACAAGCCCGUUCCUCCCCCCAAACCCAAAAACUACAAGCCGCCAUACAAGAACCAAGGUUACGGACCGAACGAUGGCAUCCUCCAACCGUCGGUGCCGUACCAGCACGCUAAGAGUUACAGCAAUUCGAUGCAAGAUCAGCGGUCGCCCACAAUGAACAGCAAACACGACUAUUACUACAACAUGCCGCCCGCGAACAACUGGCACACCGAAACCGCGGUCAGAUACAACUCGUCCGUGCACGGACCGUACGAUAUGGCGCCGCCGUACGACUCGCAUCGUCACACGAACAUAUCGUACGCGUCGCGCAGCGAAAUAACGCCGAUCUCGCAGCGCGACAACUCGUACAGCAUGGAGAGCGCGGACGUCGUCGAGGCGAGACUACCCGAACGCCACAACAUCGUCGACCUGCAAGGCUCGCGGGAGCAGAGGGGGUCGGCGUUCGAGCUCUACCGUAAACCCAUGCAUCACAACAUGAGGGAUGAGAGGCAAUAUGCUUUUUACGGAUCGCAACCUAACAUUGCUCACAUUUACACGAAUAAUGCCUCCGCUACUAACAACACGCCAAACAAAAUAACGCCUAAGCUGACCAAAACACAAUCAUUUAAUCAUCGUAAGCGAGACGGCCUAAGUACACCGCAGCUUUUUAGAAAGUUCCUCUUUAAGCACAGAAACAAAGACGGCUCGGCUAAGAGUGGUAAAAAGGUAGAGAAUCGAAAAGAAAUCGACGACGCGCACAUUUACGGCAACAUACAAAAUAGCAGGGAUGUGACGUGCGCCGUCGUGGACACGAACGGGGCCACGCUGAUAAAUCAUUACUGGGGGGUGUCUUUAGAUAUACCGAAAAAUGCUAUACCCGAAGGUAGGAGGCAGGAGGUAUAUUUCGUCAUCACCGAUCCACGACUUUGCAAUACUGCGCCGCCUUUGGACUUAGAAAACGGUGAAACCAUGCUGUCGCCACUAGUGAUGUGUGGACCACAAGGUACUGAAUUUUUGAAGCCUGUGAUUCUAAGUAUUCCCCAUUACGCAAAUACUCUACCCAGUCUAGGUAUAAGUUUGAAGGCGACCGACUCGGAGAAGGAUAUACAUACCGAUUGGGAUAAUAUAUUGUUACCAAGCAAUCACGCCACUAAUAGAGUUUCGGUUAAAGUCGAUCAUUUCUAG